UCAGUAAAUAAGGGAGGAGACCAGACAGACAGGCCGGCUGUUCACGAUGCGCGCUCCCGACGAUAAACCUCUGACGCCUACAUCCGGGAACUAAUACGCACUCGCUCUCCAACAUGGCGGCGUCAGCUAAAAAGAAGAAUAAGAAGGGGAAGACUCUCACUCUCACUGACUUCUUGGCAGAGGACAGUGGAGGCAGUGGGGCUGCGCCCAGUUACCCAACCAAGUCUACGAGCUGGGCCGAUGAGACCGAUGACCUGGAUGGAGAUGUCUCAACCUCAUGGCACACGGAGGAGGAUUCUUACCGAGCGCCCCCCAUUGACCGAUCCAUCCUGCCAACGGCCCCUCGCUCAGCACGCGAGCCCAACGUUGAUCGGUCUCGGCUGCCUCGCAGCCCACCAUACACAGCCUUCCUGGGCAACCUGCCCUAUGAAGUCACUGAAGAAUCAAUCAAAGAAUUCUUUCGUGGCCUGGCAAUCAGUGCAGUGCGUCUGCCUCGAGAGCCCAGUAACCCAGAGAGGCUGAAGGGCUUUGGCUACGCUGAGUUUGACGAUGUGGAUUCCCUCUUGAGGGCCCUGAGUCUUAACGAGGAGAAUCUUGGAAAUCGAAGGAUCCGUGUGGACAUUGCAGACCAGUCUAAUGAUAAAGAGAGAGACGGUGGCAUGAUGGGAGGCAGAGACAGGGGUGGACGGAUGGCAGACAUGGGUCCUGAUAAGACGGACAGUGACUGGAGAGCUCGGCCAAGUGGAGACAGUGAAGAUGCACCUCCCAAGAGAGAUGAUGCCUUUGGAGAGAGAUCUCGGGAUCGUUAUGAGUCAGACCGCUACAGAGAUGGUGCGAGGCGAGACGGCGAUCGUUACGAGGGUGGACGAGAACGCUAUCGGGAACGUUAUGAUGACCGGGAUCGCAGAGACUAUGACAGAGACCGUAGGGACUAUGACAAAGGCUAUGACUCUCGUAGUGGAGGAGGUCGUCGUGCCUUUGGCUCUGGCUUCCGUCGUGAUUACGAUGACAGUAGGGGUAGUGGCGAUCGCUAUGGCGACAAGGAUCGUUAUGGUGACCGCGAAGACCGGUACGAAAGGCGGGAUGAGAGGCGCGAGGAGAGAGGUCCUACACAGAGACCAAAGUUGAACCUCAAGCCUCGCUCUGUGCCUAAGGAGGAUGAUGGUAGUGGUGCUGGCGGCGGCGGCGGUGGUGGUGGUGGCAGUGGAGGUGGCAGUGGCAGUGGUGGAGGAGGUACUUCCCCCGCUGCAGCUCCAAGCUCCGGCAGCAGGACCUCAUCCAUCUUUGGUGGGGCAAAGCCUGUCGAUACUGCAGCCAGAGAACGGGAGGUGGAGGAGAGGCUAAAGAAGGAGGAGGAGAAACUGCAGAAGCAACUGGAAGAAGAUAAAGCCCGGGCACCUGACAGAAAGAUGCGAGACAGGGACCCAAGUUGGCGUAAUGAAGAAACUUAUACUGAACGAUCUCGCACAGGAAGUGAGUCUUCUCAGCCUGGAAGCUCAUCUGGUAGGGCAUCCCGGUGUCGAGAUGGCGAACGCUCAGGAGAGAACGAGGUUUUCAGUGGUAGGGAAGGUGAGCCAUCAUCACCUGUGUCAUCCUCACGUCCUUCCUCUACUAGCUCUUCCAAGGAUCCACUUAAGGUGAUGCCUGCACCUCCUCCCAAGGAGAACGCCUGGGCCAAGCGAAGUGCAGUCAACUCAAAUUCUAGUGACGGUGACGGGCGACCACCGGUGUCUCCUGUUAGCCCAGGUGGUUCAGCUCCCCUGAAACUAAGUCCUUCAAGUUCCACAGAUGAAAGAGGCUCUGGAAAGGAUGAGAACAAGGCCGAUGGUGGACGCCGGGACCGAGGGCCUCAACGGGCAAGAGGGGGGCCUUCAGGGCCAGGAGCAGGACGAGGUCGUGGAGAUGGGCCUAACAGAGACAAGAGAAGGGAGGCAGACAGAAAGGAGAGCAGAAAGGAGCGACCACCUCCAGAGCCAAAGAAAUACGAAGAAACUCCAACACCUAAGUUCAGCUCAGCUAGUAAGUACGCUCUGUUAAUGGACGGAGAUCAAGGCGACGACGCAGACGACAUGGAUUAGAGAGAAAACAAAGAAGACGCAGCCCGAGAAUUCAAAGAAGAGAAACCGGGAAUGCAGAACAAAAUAAUUUCACAUAGUUUAUGAAAAGUCUCACAUGGACGAAGCUUCUGGGAGGACACUAUACUCCCUCCUUCCUUUCCUUCCUACAAACCUGCCCUCUGCCCUUUCACUUACCCAUCCUCUCUCCCUCCACUGCGCCACCUCCAGGACUUUUCAGGUUCUAAAAGUCACAUACUGGACUUGUUUUAAAAGGGGGCGAGGAGUAGCUGACAAAUGGAAUGAUGUUGGAUUACAUUGACUUAAUUGUAAUAAAUAAAAGGAAACGGUGUGGGGGAAA